AGUUACAUUGUAUCAGCUGAUUUCAGGUGGUUUGUUAUUCUCACUGUGACUGGUUUACUGCAUUUUCUUGUUUUUGUUUUUCACUUUACUUUGACUUAUUUUGACAUGUUUAGUACCAAAUUAACGCAUCUGGUCUUUAAUAAAGCGUCCAUCAAUGUUAAAGCAAUUAUUUUAAAUAUCCGACCUUAUUCGACCAAUUAUAACCUUGUUAAAUUAGCUGAAGUUGGAAGACUUGAAACUCCUAAAUUAGAUGGUAAAUACGAAACUGGUCAAUUAUUUUUACACAGAGUCUUUGGUUAUCGAGGAGUGACUCUAUUUCCUUGGAUAGCUAAAGUUUAUGAUAGAGAUGUACCUAAUCAGAGAGACGACAUUAAGCUAGAUGAUUCAAGUGCUGGUUAUAACCAUGUCGGAAAAGAAGUGAAAGGUCACACUCAUAUUUAUUAUCAGGUUUUAAUCGAUUCUAGAGACUGUCCAUUUGUGAGAGCACAAACAGAAGCUGUUACAUUUCUUGGCAAUCAAGAAAAUAGCCGGUCAUUAUAUGCUAUUCCCGGAUUAGAUUAUGUUGCACAUGAAGAUAUUUUACCUUAUACCACCACUGAUCGUCAACCAAUACAACAUGAAUUAUUCGAGAAAUUUUUGGCUCGUGAUCAUGAACGAGACCCUCCUUUUGUCCCUAAAGAUACUUUAAAAGCAUGGCAAGAAAAAAAUCACCCUUGGUUAGAGUUAUCUGAUGUCCAUAAAGAAACCACAGAAAAUGUUAGAGUAACUGCGAUACCUUUUUAUAUGGGCUGCCGAGUUUCACCACAAGGAAAUGUUUAUUGGUGGAGGUAUUGCAUUAGACUUGAAAAUUUAAGUGAUCUUGCUGUACAGUUACGAGAAAGACAUUGGAGAAUUUUCAGUCUUUCAGGAACAUUGGAGACAGUCCGAGGUCGUGGAGUUGUUGGUCAAGAGCCAAUUUUAUCCAAAUCACAACCUGCAUUUCAAUACAGUAGUCAUGUUAGUCUCCAAUCAGCCAAUGGUCAUAUGUGGGGAAAUUUCAGAAUGGAAAGAGAAGAUGGUUAUACUUUCGAUUGCAGGAUUCCACCGUUUUCAUUGGAUAGCAAACAAGAUCCAAAUCCCCACAAUUAAGAUCAUCUGUUAAACCUCUAUUCUGCUUUUGUAAUAUAAUCUAUGUAAUGACUGAAAUUAAAUUUUUUCGCUCCAAAUUUU